GCAAGACUGCUAGAUAUGCGAGUAUUUGUAGUUUAGCUAGCUAGCUAAACUGUCGUUGAAUUAUUGAUGCUAAAUCGGGAUUUGCUUUGCAAAUGUGUUUAGCUAGCUCACUAUAGAGUCAGCCUUGGCGUAUGCUAUUUAAAAGUAGACAGAUCACUGACUUCAAAUCAAUAUUGCUAGUUAAUGCUAAACUGCUAGUGUGAGAUUACCUACAAGGUAACAUAGAAAUAUUACGCGUUAACUAGCUGGCUAACGGGUUGUUAGACAGUGGCAGCUAACUAGCGAUACAAUUUAGACUAAUGUAUUAUUGACUAACGUCAUAGUUUGUCAUUAGACUUAAAUAGGGUAGAUCGAGGAUGUGAUCAUGAUUUUGUGAGCGGUACAGGUAGGCCUAAGAGUUUUCCUAUGUUUGUCCGGUAUUACUGCAGUCCUUCCGUGGGGUGAUGAAAUUCAUACUUUUAAUAAACACGUAUCUUGUACAACCACCACGCUUUCCUUAGCGCGUAUGCGCUUGUGCCAAUUGAGUUUCAGUUUAUGUAGCGAACGUUUAAUGUCAAGGCCGCCACGUCUCCAGUUAUGAAACACAAAUUAGGAAAACGAGAAAAAAAAAGCGAUACGUUUCUUUUAAAGUAUUAAUUCCAGCACCCCGCGGAAGGACCGCAGUUGUACAGGACAAACAUAGCGGUACAGCUGGCCCCACCAAUUCCUACCAUCAUGCCUGCUCUACUAGAGAGGCCCAAACUGUCCAAUGCCAUGGCACGCGCCCUGCACAAGCACAUCAUGCGAGAGCGAGACCGCAAGAGACAAGAGGAAGAAGAAGUAGACAAAAUGAUGGAGCAGAAGCAGAAGGAGGAGGAAGAGAGGAAGAGAAAGAAAGAGGUGGAGGAGAGAAUGUCUUUAGAUGAGACGAAAGAGCAGAUCAUGAAGAUGGGGGAGAAGCUACAGGGGCUACAAGAGGAGAAACACCAGCUCUUCCUCCAGUUGAAGAAAGUGCUCCAUGAGGAGGAGAAGAGACGGAGGAAAGAACAGAGUGACAUGACAACCCUGACAUCUGCUACGUACCAGCCCAGCAUGGCUAUCCACUCAGGACAACAUCUGCUCAGCAUGCAAGCAGGUCAAGUGAGUCAUGGCCGGUCUGCUGCUCUGCUUGGAGAACGCAGCAAACAGCUCUUCCAGUCCCCUGUCCUUCCUGGGCGUCACUACCAGAGCCAGCCAGGGAUGAGCUCCGUGGGCUCCGAGCAUGGGCAGUAUUCAGCCAGCCAGGCAGCCCAUGGUCCCUACGGCCAGCUCACCCAGGCACAGCACUCCUCUCCCUUCGCCGCCAGCCAGCAUGUCCCUGUCAGCUACGCCACCAGCUCGCAGCUCAGAGGUGCCUCAGCGUUCCAGGCCAUGCAGUACCUGCCUCACCAGCAGCAGGGCUACGCUGUACACAGCCACUUUACCUCUCAGCCAGGAUUAAUCCCCAGUGCUGGGAUCCCUCUACAGAAGCAGCUUGAACAUGCUAAUCAACAGUCUGGUUUCACUGACUCUAGUACUCUACGGCCCAUGCACCCUCAGACUCUUCAUGCCUGUGCUGCAGGCCUUCUGCCUACCCCCUCCCUUGCAGUGCAAAUCCCUGCUGCAAAGUCUGGCUUACCGUAUGCCCAUCCCCCCCGUCCAGCCUCUCCGGGAAGCUUUACCCAUGGAACACCUCCACAGCAGGCUCACCCAACAACGUUUCAGAGCUCUCCUCAACCCGCCCCACGGCAUGCCUACCUCUCCCACAGCCAAUCAGGACAGAGGUUCUACCACAACAAGUAAACUAGCCACAUCCACCACCAGAAAUUACUGAAGGGCAUCAUUCUCCACACAGUUUUGUCUACAACUGCUGACAUAGUACAUUGAUGUAGUUUCUUCUGCCAAAAGACUGUACUGUCAGUAUAUAUAAGCAUGUUUUUUUUCUCCCCUAUAUCAGUAUUUCAGUAGAAUCAAUCAUGACAUAAUUUGUAUAUUCAGAACAAUGGUGCUGUUUACAUUGUAUUACCAAAUUAAACCAUCAACAAUCUUAAAUGCUCUGUGCUCCUCACUUUGUACUGAUAAUAAAAGCCUCUUAAAAUA